UAUCUUUUUACUGUCAAACGUGAAUUGUUAUGAAAAUAUCCAUCAAUUUAUUUUUCGCAUUUUAAUUAUUUUUAUUGUAAAGUUUUUACUUAUUUCUAUUUUAUUUAACUGCUACGGUAUUUACUGCAUAUGAUUAUGUAUGUUUAAGCCAUCGCAGAUGAACGCAAACGCGGAAGUGAUGAGUUCAUUUCUGCUCUUUUGUUUUAUUGCGAAAACUCUUGUUUUUCGUUGAUUUGAAAUGGAAGAAGUUCGUCAGCUAGUGCAGGAGGAAGGAAGAGAGGCUAGGAACCUGGUUGCUUUCCAUGUUUCAGUCGAGACGCCUGCGCGAAUAUCGCGCAAGCCCCCACGCGUGACCGGCAUCUCGAUCCGCCGCGGCGGCCCCCGGCCCGCCCGCCGCUCAGCCUCCGCCGGCCGCGACAAACGAUCCGAGCUACGGGCUAGGUACUGGGCGCUACUGUUCGGAGAUCUGCAGAGGGCUAUCGGCGAAAUCUACAACACAGUCGAAGUCCAUGAAAACUUAAAUGAGUGCCAAGAAGUAAUAUUAGUUCUAGAGAAUUAUACCCGGGAUUUUAAAGCUCUAGGAGAAUGGUUUAGACUGAAAUGGGAAUACGACAACACGCCGCCGCCUCAGAGGCCGCAAAGCUUAGCUUGGGAAAUCAGAAAAACAGAUUUUGUCCGCCCAGAGUCCAGGAGAACAUAUUCCGUUAAAAGUUCUCCGUCAGUAUCGGGCAAAAAUAGCCCUUGUUUUUCGGGUCAUAAUACUCCAAGUGGCAAGAACAGCCCUAGUCUAACUGGUAAAGCUAGUCCUGGAAGUGGCAAAAUUAGUCCAAGAAUCUCUUCAGGACAUUCCAGUACCAGUCCAAAAGCUAAUAUUGAGUUCUUUAGCAACAAAAUUAUACCAUCAAAAGUUACUGCAAAGCCUGAGCCUAUUCUUAAAGAGGGUUCCAGACUUUCUGAUAUAAAGGAGAAGGAUUACAAGGAUAUUGUUCAAAGCAAUGGCACUGCAGAAAAACUGGUAAUUGAUAACAACGAAGAAAAACUAGAAUCCACUGUUCCUGUUGUUGAAAUUGGUAAAGCAAAGGAGUGUUCAAAUAUUUCUCCUAAGCAAGUCGCAAUCAACUCUCCGAAACAUGCAAAAGCAGUGCCAGAAAAUAAGGAUAUAUUGAUUAAAGAAACUGCUAGUAAGGCUCAGGAAAUUAUCGCCAAGUUAGAUGCUAUGGAAAAUGAGUUUUUAGCCAAACAUAUUAAAGAUAGCCAAGCCAAAAAUGGUAAUUUACUUAAUCAAGAGAAAGAAGAAGUCGGAGUAAAACCUGAAAUUGAGAUUACUGAAAAAACAAUUACAGACAAUGACAACAAAGAUGAAAAGAAUGUGGUUGACGAAAAAGAAAGUGAAGUAUCUACAGAAUCCCCAUCUAAAUCGGAAGACAAUUUUGCAGACAUAUCUAACGAAAGUUCAAUAAAAUCAAUCGACGAAAAGAUUGGGGUUGUAACUAACGAAACUAAAAAAUUAAACUCCCCUGAUCUAUUAAAACAAUCUUUUGAAAAUGUUAGUCUGGACUCGAGUUCUAAAGCGAAUGCAAACGUCCCAAACAAUGAGGAGGUUACAGACAAUUCAGAAAGGGUAACACAAACACCUGCAGCAGAGAAUGGAAAUAAAGAUACGGAACAGAAAUGUACCGAAAAUAUACAAAAUAAGGACAGCUCCAAAGUUGUUUCCACAUAUGAAUCUAAUAAGAAAGUUGAAAUAAAAUCUGCUCCAGAUUCAAAACCUCCUACAGACACUAAACUUGUAACCGACAAUAAAACAACUUCAGAUCCCAAACUCAGUGCCAGACCAGCGUACUCCCAAGCAGCUGCAAAACCGAAACCGGUAACUGCUAAAACUGAAGUUAAAACACCUACAAGGACAACACCUCUCACUAGGAGUAAAACAGUCGUGGAAAUGAGACCCAAUUUUGCUCCAAGAGCAUCUCGGCCUUUCCCGAAAAGAAAUCAGGUGAACCAAGCUAACAAAUGCAGCUAUCCUUUCAAUGUCACUAGUCGAAGCAGCCUUUUUGAUACUGCGCCAACUGCCGCCACAAUAACCAAAGGCGCCAUUGCACGAAAACCGCCAAUCAAAAACAUUCAAAUGGCUGCUGGCGAUAACAAACUUCAAAAUAAAAACAACGACAUAAAAAAACGACCACCAAGACCUACUUCCUUAAAAAUAACAGAUAAAGGUAUUAAAAAAGAUAAUGUUAUUGCAACGUUAGAAAAAAUAAAAGAUUGCGAUGAAUUUAGCAGCUCGGAUACGAUCGUCACCCAGAUUGAUAUGUCACGCAUCGAAUCGAGCGAAAGUCUUAAAACAUUAGUUCCCGAAGAGAUGUUACAAGAAGUGGCCAAUUCUAUUGAAGUACUUAAUGUGGAUGGUAAUAAGAAUGAUAAUGACGGCUGGUUAACUGUGAAAUCUCGGCGAUUGAGUCGGGAAUCUAAGAAACAGUCAAAAUCUCAUUGGGCAAAUAGAUUUCACCAACCUUCGGCAACUACAAGCUUGCCAACUUUGAACAUGAUCGAGUCUCCAAAACAGGAAACAAACCCAAUAGUUAAUUCCCCUAAACAUGCCAAAUUGGAUCGCGCAAAAUCAGAGCAGCCUCAAUUAAUUCCGAAACCAGAAAAAGUGGUAAAAGUAUCAGUAAAAGUUAAGUCUGAGGCUAAAAAUAAAAGUACAGAAAUGAUUCGGCAAAAAUCUGAUGUGACCGGAUUAAGAACACGCUCUUCUAGAAACAAAGCCUUUACGAAAAGAGCAGAAAAAGUGAAAGAUUUUUCAAAGGACAAAGAAUCGUCAGAUUUGACUAAAAAUCGUUUGCAUUCGUCAUUAGAAAGUCUGACUAUGGGUUUAGCCAGAUCUCAGGAAAGUACGGAAGAUGCUUUUGACUUUGACAAAUGGAAGGCUGAAUUUAAGUCUACUUUUAAGUAUUUGGAGGAAGAUGAUCAGAUGCCGAACCAUAAUGAGAUAUUGAAGGCGGCUGACCCGUUGGAGAUGUCAGAGAUAGCGGAAAUGACGUCACAGAUAGAGGAGAAUGAGAAGAAGAUCAGUUGGGCGUUGGAUUUCCAGUCUGAGGUGGACCAGAGGAAGCUUUGUGAAGAGGAAGACCUCCUGAACAGACAGAUAAUGGAGCUACAGCAAGUUUCAGACAUAGAUUUGGAUACGGAAACUGAUGACACUGAGACUGAUGCGGAAAUCCUCUGCGAAGACACCAGUCUUCCGAGGUCAUGCACUUCUCCAGAUCGCCUGGGCGCCUUAGCUGCUAGCCUUGAGGACCAGUACGAAACGGCCCUAGCUGGAAUGUCGUGGGCGGAACGUGUGGACACUUUGGUAGUACUUGAAGCGUUGGUCGCCAGGGAUCCUGGUCGAGCCCAGCAACUGCACGCAAAACUAUCGCAAGGCAUCAAACGCCGCGGCAGCUUCCAGGACGCGCUGCGUAGGCUGCAAGCCAAGCAAGCUAGGGCGGAGCGACAGCGGAGGGAGUAUCAAACUGAACGGGCCAAGAAGAUACAUCUGCUGCUGGCCAGGGUUGAAGAGGUCAAGGUGGCUAAAAAUCAGCUGAUCGAAGAGAAAAGGUUGCGAAUGGAGCGGAGACUACAGAAGGCGACAGAAAACAGAGAUCAACGUCUGAAGGACAUAGUCCGGAAAGCUCAUGACGAAGAAGAAAAGCUUCGAGAGAUAGCUUUCAUCAAACAAUUGGAAGCUGAGAAUCGAAGGCACGACUUUUUGGCGCAGUGCCGCUUGCACACCACACGGCUGAGGCAAGUUAGGAGGGAUAGGCUUAUGAAGUUGGAACAAAAGGCAGCUAGAGAAGCGGCAGUGGGCGCUCGAAGGCAAGCUCUAGAGGCUGCCAGAAAGCUACAUGUUGAGAAUCUGUUGGAGAAGAGAAAGGAGAGAGACGCUAGAGUGGAAGAGUUGAAGGAACAGAAGAAACAGGAGAGAGAUGACGCCGCCAGGGAGAAGGCGGAAGGCGUAAAGUCGCGUCUAUCAGCGUUAGCGGCCGCCGCGGAGCUGGAGGCGGACGCAUUGCGCUCUCGGAUCCGGGACAAGCAGGACGCCAGCCAGCAGAGGCUGGAGUCCAGGCUGCAGGCCAUCAGGGAGAAGGCUACCAGGCAGCCGACCACAUCAGAAAGCCAAGACCAAGCUACGAAAGAGGAGAAGGAGUUAGCAGAGGAAGCAGAGAGAAUAGAGUUGGAGCGGAAAGAGAGGGAGAAACAGAAGGCUAUCAAACGGAAGGCGAGAAAGGUCAAGCAGAAGUUGUUAGCUAACGGCAACGACACACCAGUGAUUGAAGACGACGCCAUUCUAUCGAUCGGAACAUUCACAUCGUCGAAUAAAAUGCACAAACUAUUGCACACACUAACAAACAUAAUAACACCGUUACUGUACGAGGAGCCGAAAAAACAGAAAACUAAAAAAUAUUCCGGCGACGCAGAUGAAAAGAGCAAUUGCGAAGUGGAUGAGUUAAAAAAAGUGAAUGGCGAUGCGAAUGACGAGUUCAAUAAUAAUACUGAGACGGAAAUCGUUGUGGAGAAUCAUGAUAAGAAGAAAAAGAAGAAGGACAAACCAAAGUUGAAUAAAACUAGUUCGGUGUGCAGUUCUUUGAGCGAUAUGAGUAAGGGAAGUGCCAAAAGCGAAAAGAAGAAAGAGGUCAUUGACACUGCGUUCCUGGAGCGGCAACUGAAUGAGUUACAUCGGAUGGUUGACAAGUUUGACAGGGUAAGGAACAUGUUCCAAUCGGAGAAGCUGACCUCGCAAAAGAUGCAAAUACUCCGCGUGUUGGGACACCUCAUAGAAAUAGCAGCCGAGAGGGAACACCUCGCAUCCCAGCUCAGUGCUAAAUUACUAACGACAACGGUGUUGAUGAUAUCGCGUAUCGUGUCUGCGUGUCGACUGAGCGCUUCAUACUUCGUGAGCACCAACACUUGUGUGCGCUGCGUGAAGCUGCUGUGUCUCAGACUGGAAAAGGAUCUUCACGCCGACCAACGUGAGAUGGAGCUCUCCCGUCAGCUGUGUGACUGUCUGUCCGUCGCUCUGGACUCCGUGCUGUGCUGCUCACGGCUGUACGACGAUAGAAGACCAAGCGAGGACGCUGAUGCGCUCUCUGCACUAAGGAAUCGUGCGCACACGCUUAUAAGUUACCUCUGCCUGUCCGGCUGUAUAACGCGUGCAGAGAAGGCCGGGGAGGCGCGGGAGAGCGUGCAGACGUUGCUGACUGUGUGUGCGCAGCUGUGCCAUCCCUGUAAAGUUGAUGCUGGCUCAGAACGGCAAUCAGCGACGCAGUCCCUCCGGUGCGCGCUCGGCACUAGCCUGUGCGGUUCGCGAGCAGAAUUCUGCGGGUUGUUCGCGCGCGGCGCCGAACUCAGCCAGAGCGGGAUGUUCGUGCGCGCCGCCAGGACCGCGCAUUUGUUGCGGGCGCUCGCUGAGCUGGACCAUCAGUUGGUGCAGGAGGCAUUCGGUGAAGGCGGGUGGCCGCUGGAGUUCCGUGCGGCCGUGGCGAGAUUGCUGUCUCAACACGCGCCCAGCGACAAAGAGGCGCCCAGGUCCACUGCCCUACGUUUGAGCAACCAGCGGCUGGACCAGACGCUGUCGGAGACUAUGGUGCUGGAUCUCAUGGUACUGGUCGGGUUCGUCAUCGUCAACAACCCACAGAUGCAGGAGACCAUUUGCGACGGCUGGAGUGUCAUCAAAACUCUAUGCACGUUGCCAGCCAACUGGUUGGUGUCCAAGACACACAGCCACGCGCUGUUGCCGACGCUCAUAGCGUUGUGUGACAGGCCAUCAGUCGCCGACGCUAUAGCCUGUGAACUUAGCGUACAGAUGUUGGACGAAUACCUGGAGAGCCCCGAAGCUCAGAAAGUGAAACUGAUUCAGGUGAUAAAGCAAGGCCGCGCCAAGAAGACGGACAAGGUGUGAGCGGUGAGUUGGAGACGGGCCUAAUUUAGGGAGCUGUGGUUUUCUUACUUCAUGUGAUUUUGGCGAACUUUUUCAACAAGAUGUGAACGGUGUAUCCAAUGUUUCGACUUAGGGAGCGGUGGUUUUCUGUUUAAUUUAUACUAUUUGUAGCAAACCUUACGAGUGUGAUAUAGUCACUGCGUGACAAAACCUCUUUUCGGCCUGCAAUAACAAAUAUGAUUAUCGGUGGUUUUCUGUUUAAUACUAUUUGUAGCAAACCUUACGAGUGUGAUAUAGUCACUGCGUGACAAAACCUCUUUUCGACCUGCAAUAACAAAUAUGAUUAUUUUUCGAGUGAAAUCAAGAAUCGGGGGAAUCAGGAACAGGGAAAUCAAUACUGUGAAUCAAAACUGAUCCGUGAAUCCGGCUGUAAGACCAGCAUUUUAUACAUCAUUGUGUCACGAUCGAAUGGAAAAUCAUAUAUAGAUUAUAUAAAAUGCAAUAUACUUUCAAGAAAUAAACGAUUAAAAGUAUAUUAUGCGCCUAAAUGAUUAACAUAAACGGAAACCACAGCUCAUACCACGAAUUUAUAAAAUUCGGAAUUGUAAACAAGUUACUUCGGAAAUUUUGUAGAGAUGAAGACAUAAACACAUAGGUAAACUGAAUGUACUCGUAUGCAAAAAAAAUCUGUGUUAAAUGUUGUCCAAGGUCCUGCCAGCUUAGUACAUAAUAUAAAUUCUGUAGUAGGAAAUAUUUUUUGGUAAAUAUUUUAAUCUGAAAGAUGUCUUGCAAAAUAUAAUUUUCGCAAAAAUGUUCGUCCAUGGAAAUGACAGUUUAUUGGCUGUCAAGUUGUACUACUAAAUUAAUUAUGAAAAAAAUAUUAAUGUUUGUUGUUUCAAAAAUAGUACUUAUUAUUUUACUAUAUACUCGAAAUGGUACUGGCAAGACCAGCAUAGUAUUAUUAUUAUAUUUAAAAAUAUUGUUCUAUACUGUUCCCAUUAUCGUUGUCCUCCGACUCCAAAUAUAAUAAAUCGGUGUUUACUGACGUACUUUUUGAUGACACUAUACCUAUUUUUCUAUGGACCUAGUCUCGAUUAUAUAUAAAAAAUAUUUACAUUUUUCCAACUGAAAUUCGAAAACUUGAAAUCUUUAUAUUUUUGUAUAGUUACUUAAAAAAUAACUUAUUUAUUUUGAAACUCUAAAAUCAAUUCGAGUUUUCAAAUGACAGUGCUUUGUACUCUUCGUUUUGUUAAAUGUGUUUUCGUUAAUUUUUGGGGUUAGAAAAACGGAAACGAACCGUUGUCAGGGAUUAGAGUAAAAAGUAGUUUAAAAUUUAAAAUUAAUUGACUGAAAUUCUCCCAUUAAUUGAGGAGAUUUUGCCCGCUGAAUAUGACACUUUAUUUCUAAUGUCGAUUUAAAUACUUCAGACUGAGAAAGGACUGAAGGAUCCAAGUGUUAAAGUUAGAUUCAGUCGUGCAGUGCUUUAGGGUGGGUUGCACCAUCAACUUUGACUUUAACCUACGCAGAAAAACGCAAAGUACGCCAUUUUGUCUAAAUGCCAGCGGUGCGACGGCUAAAGUCAAUGUCAAAUUUGACGGUGCAACUCACCCUUAGAAGUUUAGAAACAAUCAGGAAAUUGUACUAAAACUCUUAAUAUUUCACAAAAAAUCUCAAGUGUUGUUGUUAGAUUUUUUAAAUAAUGAAAACCACAUAUUAAUCGGCUGUCAAAAAGUGUUAUUUUUUACAGCGGUGCUUAAUGUAGAAUUAAAAAUAACUAUAUUGAAGGUACGUAGACAAGGUAUUAGGGUGUGACCUAAGCGUGUCUUGAGGGACACGUUUAGAUUCGGACGGGAUCAUCAAAAUUUUAGUCUUAUACACUUAGGAUUGCUGUGAUAAUGAGGGAAUAGAGGAUAAUGCGUUGAAACUUUUGUAUCAAUUAUGGUAGGUGAAAGGAUGGAAAAGAACAUGACGUAGAAGUCGAAAAAUGAUACCUAUUUGAUUGGAAUAUUAAAAUAAAUAAAAAGUAUAAUAAGAAAGAUAAAGUUUGUGGGAGGUAUGCAUGAGUUACCAUUUUUCGACUACACAUUUAGGAAUUGUGUCGAUUCUGUCCUUUUUAAACUGUGCUUGAAAUUAAGGAUGAGACGACCACGCGCAGUCAAUGGCUUAAGUCCGUUCCGUGAGUUUUCUCCUUUCUGUAUUUUUAGUUGUGAUAAAUUUCUGUUACUAAAACUGUGAUUUAUAUUUAUAAUCCUGUCACUUGGUGGACUAUCCACGGAAGUGAUAUUUCUUAAACCUGCUAUGAUAAGAAAUAAAGACAAAAAUGCUUUUACUCCGAGUAUUAAGUUCGAUUAUUGAAAACCGAUACGCUAAUGUCGUCUUGUAUAGAAAUACAUAAUUUAUUUUAGUUAAUAUAUAUUUUUAUUUUUAGUGACUAACAUAAAAACUGUCAAUCGAUGUACACACUACACAGUGUCAAAUAAGUAUCAUUAAUUUUACUAUGAGACGACUAGCAAAGGUGGUCUUAAGAUAUACACCAUAAAUAUAAAAUGCCUGCUGACAUUAUGAAAAAUAAAAUCAAGAUUAAAUUCUUAAGCAAAAAAAUAAUAAUCCAUAAAUAAUUUUCAAAAUUAGUCUUUUCAAUCAACCUCGUAAACAGAAUUUAAAUACUUAAGUCAGUACUUAUUCUAACUAUAUUGCAGCGAUUGAUUGCAUACUAAACUAAAUGACAAAUACUCCACCGAAAGGGGCUUAGCGCUUCAAUAAGAAGAUAUGACAUCUAGUCACUUCAGUCUGUGUAUCCAGAAUAUUACUUUAGAGCUUUAUUUGUUCUUCUAACAUGUACAAUAUACUCAUGUGUGUAGGAAGUCACUUCCGUGGACAUUACAUCUAAAUUACAUUUAAUAUAUUGUAGUUUGAUUUAGUUGUAGUACGGAGUCGACUUCUAUUUAUCUGUGAUUACUUUAUUAGUUAAUAAUCUUCUCAUGUAACUUUCAUUGUGUAUUUUUGUGUAAGUGGCGAAUAAUAAUUGUGUAACAG